CACAAUUUGAGUCUGCAGGAUGAGACCAAUACGAGUCUGGGGCUAAAAGUCCACUCGUCCAACUAUUUUACUUUUUACUUAUAAAAUUUUAUUUACCUAAAUUUCCUACAGUAAAAAGAUUUCUAGGAAGAGACCUUGUAAGUUUACAAGUAUAUAGUACUAUGUCUACAUCCGCUUCAGUACUACAUUUGUUGAACCAAUGGUUUGGUGCAGGCUGACAGAAUAUAUUCCCUCAGUUGGUUCUCGCUACGUCCAUGAAAUGCUCGUUAGUGAGUAUUACAAAAGAGAAAGAUGGAAGAUCGCUCAACUAUUGCCGGGGGAGAACUGGCCCAAUAUGUAUCGUUGCGCGAACUUGAGCCCCAUCCAACAGUUGAUGCAGCUGCUCUACCCAACCGUACCGAUGCUUCUGAUCAAAACGACGAGCAUUAGUCUCCAACCGCUGUUCCAAACAGCCCAGAUUUAUCUGGCAUUGGAUCUUAUGAUUAGACCCCGCCAAAUGAACACAGCAUGGCCAUGGUCAAUUCGGUCAACAGAGCGUCGGGUAGGAGCAACGAAGAGCGGCGACGAACUCCUCAGCUCUUCCAGGAAGAUAAACUGCCUCCAAAUCACCAUUAUGCCCGUGGCAGUAAACUUACAGGAUACUUUUGUAAGUAUCCAGAAUGAAACACGCUCGCAAUCACUAUACGCCGGUUAUCUGUCCAGUUUGCCCAGAAAAAGGAGCGGAAUAAGAGGAUAUGAAAAAGCAUGUUCGAGUUUAUCACCGCUCUCUUGCGGCGGCUUUGGGUAUCUCUGGCAAAGCUUUACAUUGAUCUAUCUGCCGAAAGGCUAUCUCGAACAGCAGGAAGGAUAACUUCAAAAGGCAUAUGAGUAACUCGCACGGGCUUGAGAUGGACGGACAAGAACGUUGGGUGCUAAUCGCAGGGUGAUUAGGGAACUUCAAGAGGUUUUCACGUCUUCAGUCGUUGGGGUUAGUCAAGGAUAUGACAGCCUUAUUAGAGUAGUAUAGAUGUUAUAGCAUGUUAUUAGUAGGAGAUUUAUGUAAACUGCUUGCUGAAUAGAGAUUUAACAGGUUAAGGAAUAAUUACACUUAAAUGUUUAAG